AUGACUUACGCUUGUCAGAACAGCAAAACCCUUAACGGCCUGCUCAAAGGUGAACUGGGCUUCCAGGGCUAUGUCGUCAGCGACUGGGGCGGCACUCAGUCCACUGCCAAUUCAGCCAACUCGGUCCAGGAUAUGGAACAACCCGGAGCUGGUAUGCUUCUUGGCGGAAGGACGGAAUCCUUUAGCAGAAACCUUACACUGGCCGUCGAGAAUAGGACCGUUGCAUCCUCCCGUCUUGAUGGCAUGGUUAUGCGAAUCAUGACCCCUCGCUUCUAUCUUGGCCAAGACUCAAGCGAUUGCCCUCUCAUUGAUCCAAGCUCCGCAGACCUGAACAAGUUUGACCCUUCAACAGUCAAAGAGAAGUGGCCUCUGGGUGGCGAGAAGAAUCGAGUCGUUCGUGGCAACCGCGCCGAGCUUAUUCGAGGAGGCAGUGGUUCUGGUCGCCUCACAUAUGUGAUAUCACCUCUCGAGGCUAUAAAGGCAUGGGCAAAGCCAGCCGGAUCGCUCGUUCAGUACAUCACAGACAACAAGCAGAUCCUCGCCCAGUCCAGUGGUGGCUUCAGCACUGGUGCCAUCCUCAACUCCAUCUAUCCCGUUCCGGACGUAUGCUUUGUCUUCCUCGAAUUUGACUUGAACAACAACGGCACUGCUUUCAUCAACAGGGUUGCCGGUUCUUGUGCCAACACCAUCGUUGUAACUAAUUCCGGCUCUCCCAACAUGAUGCCCUGCGCGGACCACGAGAACAUCACGGCCAUUCUUGUCGCUCAUCUUCCGGGAGAGCAGUCCGGAAAUGCAGUUCUAGAUGUGAUCACUGGAGUGUAUAACCCCAGCAGCAAGCUACCUUUCGCAAUUGCAUACAACGAGACCGACUACAAUGCAAGGAUUGCCAAAUUUACCGCCAUGAACAUCAAAGAUCCCAACGGCCCAUUCAUUUUACAUUUCUAA